AUGCUGGAUCUACUUUCUUCCGCGACGUUGAAUAUGCCCCUUCAGUCCGGUAUUUUCGGCGGUCAGCCCUCCUCGGCUUCUUCACCGUUCGAUCCUUCAUUCGACAAUUCGGAUCUCACAGCCGGCAAUGCCACAUCCGUGUUCAACCUAACGGCCAUCCGCCUGCACAACCGGCCCGCAUUUUUCCUCGCGCAGACCGUCAUUAACGCCACGCUCUCCCCUGCCUCCUCGCUUCACCCGCUCGCGACAACGAUCAUUGACGCCGCGUCGCCCCUUCUGGACGGCAUUCUUCGUCAAUAUCUGCACAACGAUUUUUUCGCGGGAAGCCUAUGGCUCGUGGCGCUCGGGUUCAUCAGCCGAACCCUAAUGACCUACCUGCAGGUUCUAUGGAGCUACGUAAUUCGGCGCGGGAAUGUCACCAUCAGCAUUUCUCCCGAAAGCCAGGCAUUCCAGUGGGUGGAGGAGUGGCUCGACUCGCACAAGGAGUUAAAGCCAUCGGAAUACUCCCUGCAGAUUAACUGGAAUGACGAUGACGGCGCGGAUUCAUCCCGUGACAAGCCUGAGCUUCGCUUCAUGCCCAAGCUUAAAGCUGCCCAGCACAUCACCUUCAGGGGGUCGAAAGUUUUCUUUCAAACAAAAAACAGCCCCGGCCAGCUUGACAGCGAAGCAGAAUUCUCGGAGCUCAUCCGUUCAAUAAAUCAGGAGGAGCUGGUGAUUGAAGCUCCCAGCAAGGCCGUGCUACAGGCGGUGCUGCAGUCCGCUACAGAUGCCGCCAUGGCGAAACUCAAGGCAGAGAAGCUGACAGCCAUCCAGCGCUGGAACUGCCGGCAGUUCUGCUGGCGGUGGUCUGCGAACAAGCAGGUCCGUCCGAUGUCCAGCGUGGUCCUGGAUUGCGACACGUCAGCGCUGCUGGAGGACGCUCGGCAGUUUCUGGCGGGCGCCAAGUGGUAUGCGGAGCGCGGCAUUCCCCACCGGCGGGGGUAUCUGUUCCACGGGCCCCCGGGGUGCGGCAAGACGUCGCUCAUCCAGGCCAUGGCGGGCGAGCUGGGGCUGGGCGUCGCUGUCAUCAGCCUUGCCUCCUCCGGCAUGAGCGAUGACUCGCUGCACACGGCACUGACCAACUGCGACCAGUGCAACCUGGUGGUGCUGGAGGACAUCGACGCCGCCUUCACUGCAGCCCGCUCCAAGGCGGACGGCAGCUGUGCGGACAGCCUGUCCUUCUCGGGGCUGCUGAACGCGCUGGACGGCAUCGCAGCGCAGGAGAGGCGCAUCCUCGUCAUGACCACCAACCACAUCGACCGCCUCGACCCCGCCCUCAUCCGCCCCGGCCGCAUCGACUUCCGCCUGCUGCUCGACCACGCCUCCUCCGCGCAGCUCGCCCGCCUCUUCCUCCGCUUCUUCCCCGACUCGCCUGCUUCUGAUGCUGACGGGUUUGCGGCGCUGUUUCGCGAGCGGGCGGUGAGUCCGGCAUCGGUGCAGGGCUUCCUGCUGCUGCAUAAGGACAAUGCUGCUGCUGCGCUAGCUGCUGCUCCUGCGUUUUCCAAGGAGAGUGCUGCGCUUGCUCCCGCUGCGCGCCGAUACGUGCCGAUCGCAGCCACAGCGCCAGCAGCGGUUUCCGCGUCCGCCGCCUUCCGCCAGUCGGCGCAGCCCGCCUUGCGCCAGCGAGGGGGGAGGCGCGGGAUGUCAGCGGUAGCGGCGCAGGCUGUGCGCGGAGAAGGCGUGGUGGGCCUCACCGUCCCGGGGAACGCCGUCCUGCCCUCGGUGUCCGUCUCCUUCGACCCCUCCUCUCCGCCGCUUUCCCUCCCCUCCGACCUGCUACUCCUCGCCGUCUUCGACUCCGCCCUCUCCCGCGACGACACGUCAGCAGCUAAUUUUACUGGCUUCGCUGCUGACGCGCCAGGCGGUGCUGAGCUGGCGUCUCUCGAUGCCACGCUGUCAGGCGCCCUCGCUGAGCUGGCAUCCGACCCGGACUUCAGAGCGAAACCCGGGCAGGUGUCGCAAGUCCUCCGCGUUCCCGGGCAGCCGUUCAAAAGAAUCGCGCUGCUGGGGCUGGGCAAGCCGGAUGUGCUUUUAAAGGGGGAGGCCGGCUCGUGGCAGGGGGUAGGCUCCGCUAUAGCGAGCGCCGCUAAAACGAAUCAAGCCAGCAAGGUAUCCCUCGCGUUCCUGGGCAAACCGGAGGCGGCGGAGGGGCAGGAAAUUAAAGCCGGGAGCGCGGUUCGGGGGAUAGUCACGGGCGCCAUAGUAGGCAGCUUCGAGGAUGUUCGGUUUAAAUCGGAAGAAAAGGAGAAGGCGAAGGCAGAGAGGGGUGUGAAGGAGUUGCAAGUGGUGGGGCUGGGUGACGCGGAGUCCCUCCAGAGGGACGUGUUCGAGGCGGAGAGGCUGGCGGCGGGAAUCAUCCUCACCAAGCAGCUCGUCAACGCGCCGCCCAAUGUGCUCACGCCAGCUGUCCUCGCUGACGUGGCGGUGAACCUGACUGCCGCCCACGCGGACGUGCUGAGCGCGCGCGUGCUGGAAAAGGACGAAUGUGCCGCCCUGGGCAUGGGGUCGUACCUGGCAGUGGCGGAGGCAUCAGCGGCAGACAACCCGCCCAAGUUCAUCCACGUCACGUACACACCGCCUGCUGCUGGGAAUGGCGAGGGGGGCGAGGAGAAGCCGCUGAAGAAACUGGCUCUGAUCGGCAAGGGACUCACCUUUGACAGUGGCGGGUACAACCUGAAGGCGGGGCCGGGGUCAAUGAUUCACCUCAUGAAGUUUGACAUGGGCGGCGCUGCUGCUGUGCUGGGCGCUGCCAAGGCCAUCGCUGCCAUCCAGCCGCCCGGGGUCCAGGUGCAUUUCAUCAUAGCAGCGUGUGAGAACAUGGUCAGUGGAGGAGGCUUGAAGCCUGGCGACAUCAUCACCGCCUCCAACGGCAAAACCAUUGAGGUGAACAACACGGACGCGGAGGGGCGGCUGACACUGGCGGAUGCGCUGCUGUACGCGCAGCAGCAGGGCGUGGAGAAGAUGGUUGAUGUCGCCACCCUCACUGGCGCCUGCAUCAUCGCCCUCGGGAAUGACAUCGCUGGUCUGUUCACCCCGAACGAUGAGCUGUCAGCAGAACUGGAAGCUUCUUCCAAGGUGUGUGGCGACAAGGUGUGGCGCAUGCCCAUGGAGGAGGCGUACUGGGAGGGCAUGCGCAGCAAGCAUGCCGACAUGCUCAACACUGGCGGCCGCGAGGGCGGCUCCAUCACUGCCGCGCUCUUCCUCAAGCAGUUUGUGGCGGAGGGGCUGCCAUGGGCGCAUCUGGACAUUGCAGGGCCGGUGUGGAGUGAGAAGAAGGGCGGCGGCACUGGCUUCGGCGCCAGCCUGCUCUACCACUGGCUCUCUAGUCUUUUCAACACUUUCGUAGUUGCGUUUCAUAGAGUGCCUGCCAUGUCGCCGAUCGAACGGCUGUCAGACGAUCUUCUCGCCACUAUCCUAGAUCUUGUCGCACGAUCCGACGGCAAGUUCCAGCACGCGGUUGUUUGCAAGAAAUGGUAUUGCAUUGCCCGUCUCCUGCACGAACUUAUCCAGAUUCGCGAAAGGCGUCGCAUGCGUCCUCACGAGCUGCACCUCUCGUCAUUCCCAAGGCUGCGAAAGCUCGUCCUCGCCGUCGGGAGCGUCACGUCCGUUCCCGACUUUCUCCUCUCGCGGAUUGCCGACACGUGUCCAAAUCUGACGGACCUCCACAUCGAUACGAUGAAACGACGUUACAGACGCGGCGGGGGCUUCACGGAAUCCGGACUUUCUUCUCUUUUUGAAAAAUGCACGCGUUUGGAGAACCUUGUACUCUUCUGUCAGUCGAAGUUAGCCGCCAUCCCUCCGUCAAUCGGCGGCCUUGUUACACUCAAGAGCCUACACAUCAUCGACGGCCCUCGCCUCCCAGACGCGUUUACAUCGUUACAGGCACUCGAGCAUCUCACGGCGAGUGAAAUGUACGGCCUGGAUCAGCUGCCUCAGAAUUUCGGGAAUUUGGGGCUGCUGAAAUCGCUGCAGCUGAACGGCUGCAUGCGUCUCAGAUCCUUUCCCGAGUCUUUCGGGCAGCUCGCCAACUUGACGCAUCUUUCCAUCGGCGGCUCCGCAUUUCUUCAGCUGCCCGAAUCCAUCUCCGACCUGUCGUCGCUGCUGGCCCUCGAGAUUCUGUGCUGCGAGUACCUUUCACCCCUGCCGGAGAGUAUCGGAGACCUGCCGGCGCUUGAAACCCUACGACUGGAGGCGGUGGGGGGGAUCACAAACCUGCCCGCGAGCCUUGGAAACCUGCAGCGGUUGCGGCUCCUGUCCGUGAUCGGCUGCGAAGAUAUAACCUCCUUGCCUGACUCCCUCGCGCAUCUGCCGUCCCUCACGGACCUCACACUGCUCGACCUGACGCUCGACAUUCUGCCUCACGGCAUCGGUCGAUUGCCGCACCUGCGCACGCUCAGCCUGGACGUUGGUGAUCUCUUCGACUUGCCUCGAUCUGUAUGCCAUGCAUCCGCACUGAAGGAGCUCUCCCUUGAGAAUUCAUCCGCCCCACAAUUUCUGCCCGAGGAUCUCGGGCAGUUGAUUGCCCUAGAGUCCCUGAGCCUGAGUAAGCUUUCGCAACUCACCAGCCUGCCCGCAUCGCUUGGCAACCUCGCAAGCCUCAAGGAGCUGAAAAUAUCUGAAUGCGGCCAACUGGCGCAGCUUCCUGACUCCAUCAGUCGCCUAUCUUCCCUGGAUCUGUUGGAAAUCAUUUACUGCUGCAAGCUGACAGAGUUACCACAAGGCAUGGGGGAUGGUCUGCAUAGCCUGCGCGAACUGAUUCUGCUCGCAUGCACGGCUCUCACCCGCCUCCCUCCAUCCCUCUCCAGUCUCUCCUCCCUCGAAACCCUAAAAAUCCGUGAUGCACUUAACGUUCGCGGCGCCCUGCCAGGCGGUUUUGCUCGCUCCACAAACCUCAAGAAGCUCUCUCUCUCCUCCCUGCCGCACCUGACCGCCCUGCCCGCCUCCCUCCCUGCCACCGCCCGCAACCUCACCAAACUCGUGCUGCUCAGCUGCCAGCGAAUCACGGCGCUGCCAUCGGAGAUCGGACGGCUGGAAGGGCUCGAGAAGCUGAGGAUCUCAAACCUACCUGACUUGAAGUCGCUCCCUUGCUCGCUGUGUCAGCUGCAGCGGUUGAAAUCGCUGGAAGUGAGUUUCUGCAGCUCGCUGCACUCGCUGUUUGGGGAUGAACACCUGGGAGCGGCCGGGCAUGACCUUGAGGGGAGAAGCACCCUCCUCAGCUGCGGGGGAUCCAAGGAGAGUGGUGAAUCUGUGUUCUUUCCAUCCCUUGAGGUCCUCAAGCUUACAGCCCUUCCACUGCAGCGGCUCGGUGCAUCGCUGGGCUCCUUCCUGUCUCUAACCAAGCUGGAAAUUUUCGAAAUGCAUCGCCUCACCUCGCUCCCAGACUCCAUCGCUCACCUCUCUCGCUUGCAAUCACUCACAGUUAGUCAUGCCAAAGGCUUGCUAGCUCUGCCGGAAACACUAGGGAGGCUGUCAGCGCUCACAACCCUUCAACUCGACAAUCUCCUGAGCCUGACUGAGCUGCCCGAGUCAGUCGGGCAGCUGAAGAUGCUUCAGUAUCUGAAAAUACAUGACAGUUCGGCCCUUACCAGGCUUCCUGAGUCCUUCCCUUAUCUGCGCAGACUGAAGGUGUGCUGUUUCUCCAGAACCGGAAUCUUGUGUCUUCCAACUGAAUUCUGCAAGCUCUCUUCUCUGGAGGAGUUGAACCUGUGCAAGUGCGAGCAACUGGCCGUGCUACCUACGGGCCUGCAGCAUAUGGGGAAGCUCCAGGAGUGCAUUGUCACUCAGUGCCCGCUCCUCUCGGCACGGCAUAUGAUGGUGAUAUACGGUUCAGCGAACCUGGACGAGGAAGAGCGAGUGUUGGGUGGCUCCGAGCAGGAACAUGAGGGGAUGGAGGAGAUAGGGGAGGAAGACGCGGGGAGUGAAGAGGAGGGAGAGGGAAGCGAAGGGGAAGGGAGUGAAAGGGAGAGGGGAGUGGGAAGCGAAGGGGAGGGGAGUGAAGGGGAGAGGGGAGGUAGCACCUACACGCCGCUUGCUGCUACCAUGGAUGGUGUGGACGGUGCUGCUGGUGAACGGGUAGAGGAGAAGCUGCUGAGGAAGCUGUUUCGGCAAGGGACUCAAAUCUGGCAGUGGCGGGUACAACCUCAAGGCGGGCCCGGGCUCGAUGAUUCACCUCAUGAAGUAGGUGGGUGCAGCGCCCCUCCUUAA